AACUUUUUAAAGUUUUGUUCAAUGCCAUUUACCCCCUCAAACUUAAACGCACAGCUUCUCUUCAUUCUCAUUGGCGAGCAACAGAUGCUCCGUCCUGCGAUUGGGUAAAAGUUUCACUUCAGUCUUGAAGACACACACACACACGCACACACCCCUCCUCUUGGCGUACCGCUAUUAUUCCACUCCACUUAUUCCCAGCCCAGGAAAAGUCCGUUAGUCAAAGCGCAGAAGAGACGCAACGAAGAGAUGCUGUCCACCUGAUCAAAGCGCUUCAGUUGUUUGAUCGAUUUGAGAGAGCAAACAACAACAUUCGGAGACGCAAAGUUUUUGGAAAGAAAAAAACUUUGGUUAGAAGAAAGAAAAACCCAAAAGACUCUGGAGAGAAACGCAGCCUUUCCAAACAUUCCGCAACAGGUGCACAGAUCUAUCUGAGGGAUAAAAGCGAUGGCCUCCGCGGCUCUGGAGAUCCUGGGUCUGAUCCUGUGCGUCUUCGGCACGCUCUUGGAGAUGACCGCCUGCGGGCUGCCCACCUGGAAGGUGACCGCGUUCAUCGAGGCCAACAUCGUGGUGGCGCAGACCAUCUGGGACGGCCUGUGGAUGUCGUGCGCCGUGCAGAGCACCGGCCAGAUGCAGUGCAAGAUGCACGACUCCAUGCUCGCCCUCAGCCACGACCUCCAAGCCGCACGGGCGCUCACGGUCAUCUCAUCCGUCAUGUGCGUCGUCGGGCUGAUGGUGGUGAUCGCCGGCGCGCAGUGCACCAACUGCAUCAAGACGGAGAGCGUCAAGGCGCGCGUAGUGAACGUCGGAGGGGUCAUCUACAUCAUCAGCGCCAUCUUCAUGCUCGUACCCCUGUGCUGGAUGGCCAACAACAUCAUCUCCGACUUCUACAACCCGCAGGUGCCGCCGGCCAAGAAGCGGGAGAUCGGCGCGGCGCUCUACAUCGGCUGGGCGGCCACCGCGCUGCUGCUGCUCGGGGGAAGCAUGCUCUGCUGCUCGUGCCCGUCCUCUGGAAGCUCCGGCUACUCGGUCAAAUACGCGCCCACCAAACGAGCAACAUCCAACGGGGACUAUGACAAGAGGAAUUACGUUUAGACGCUGUUUGGACUCAUUUACGCAUGCUGUUUCGAAGUUUUUAUGUGUUGCACCUGCAGAUGUUUCGGUUUUUACUUUUUAAGCAUCUUGGACUACUGUUUGGAUCAUUUUUUUUAUUUAACAUGAACCUUUUGAGGAUAUGCAUUUCUGAAAGGUGGACGUUUUAUAAUAACUUUCAACAAUAUUAACAAACAUUACGCAAUGCUUAACAGAUCAUCUCAAUGCUUUCAAACAGUCCUGAAUUUUAAUGUGCAUUAACUACUGAUCUGUUAAACAUUAUAGCAUUUUUAUAUAGCCUACAAUGCCUUGUUCCUUUAUUUUUUAAAGCAUUUCGGACUGAUUGGCUCAUAAAAAGGCGCUCAUCACUGUAAAACACAUUACACUUUUAAAUCAAUGUUACUUGUUUUUUCUUUGUAAUUGUAAUAUUCACUAUCAAUAUCUGAUUGAAAAAGAUUUCACUCCACUUUUUUCUUACUUAAUGUUCAUAUAACAUGCUUGAAGUAUGAUCUGUUAAGCAUAUUUGAUGUUUGUUUUCAUAUAAUGAAAGUUAUAAGGUGUUUCGCCUUUGCUAAAAUUGACAUUCAUGGGUGAAAGAAGCUAUAUUCUGACAAUAUAUCUCUUUUAGGUACCUGGAGAAGUUUGUGAGCUUUUACAAGUUUGUCAAAGACUAAAACCAUUAAGUUAGUAGCUGUAGCUUUUGUGAUGUUUACCGACGUUUUAGUGUGUACAUCUAGAGGAAUCUGCUUCGGCACAUUUGCAGAGACUCUUAAACGCUUUUGGAUUGUCAGCCAGGAGAAACAGCUGGAAAACCCAAGCGAUUCCUGACUGAUUGGUUGUUUGUAACUCACCCGUCCACACUGAUGCUCAUCAGAGCUGAACAAGGCCACAUGAGAAAUACAGUCCAGCAGGAUCUAUGUCCUCUAUGGAAGAUAAGUCUGUUUUUGGGAACACCCUGCCGGUUAGUGCCUUCAUGGAUGUGCAUCUUCAUGUUUCUUGAACUCAAGACCUCUACGUUCAGUUUAUUCAGCUCGUCUAAAAUGUGUAUUUUUGGUAACUUUUUUUAUUUGUCUUUGAAUUCUUGAAUGAAUGUUGUUUGAAAUAAACAUUUACAUUUUUGACACAA